GAUGUCCUGCCCUUGUUGCAUAAAAGACCCUAGAACGACACGCCUUGUUGAAUACGCUCUGGAAGAAGAGUACACAGCGGAUACUUGGGUCUCACUGUUACCUCGACAACCUUUCAGGCUCGGGUGAUUGCACAUGCUCAGCACAUCCAAUGAACGACCGACUACGCUGCACAUCUAUAAUUUCGGGAGUGUGUUUGGCAAUCGUAAGAUUAUCAAGGGGGAAGACAAGGUCACAACUUUAUAUUUUAUGCAGAACACGCGGGGUUCGAUGCACUGGACUUUUAAUCUGCACGCUGAUGGCCCAGAUGGUCCUCUGCUCUGUCGAGCUCAGUCUUCGUACAAUGGACCACCAAUGUUGGAUGAAGUCAACCAUGGGCCUACGAUUUUAUCCAUGACUGCCAUCAGACGGCCAGUUAAGAUGGAGAGGAAGCGUGGGGCCUUCAACGGAACUGUUUUCUUCGAGGGUCCCGAUCAUAAGGAGUAUCGCUGGCAAACGACUGCACGGCUGUUUAGUGCUGCGAUGGAGGUGCGUGCAAGGGCGGGUCGGAUGUGGCGGCAUUUAUCACGUAGCUCUUGUCAGUGUUUAGAUGCCGAGGACGCCCUCAUAGCGACAUAUCGCGUUACAUCCAUGUCAGUGACGAAAGAUGGUGUUCUCGUGGUUCAACCCUCGGGGAAGUUCAUGCUGGACCUGCUCGUUGCUACCAGCCUUGCGAUGCGCACACCCAAUAACUAAAGUGUCUCUCGGACACGAUCUC